AUGCUUUACCACUACGAGAUCAUAUACAGACAAGGAAAAGACGAUGCUAAUCCUGCCGACUUCAUAAGCCGUCAUCCAGAUAAAGCCACUCCAUUCCCGGAUAAUAUCGCUGAAAACUAUGUCAGCUAUCUUUGCAACAACGUAAUUCCGAAAGCUAGGACGAUGUCAGAAGUGAAGAAAGAAACGGAGAGCGAUUCCACCCUCCAAAAACUUUCGCAAGCAAUUAAAACAAGUAUUUGGUCUGAUCCAGAAAUUCAACCAUACACAAAUGUAAAAGACGAACUAUCCGAAUAUGACGGUAUGCUCCUACGAGGAACACGUUUGGUUCUUCCACAAUCACUCCAGCAACAACCUAUUGAGUUGGCUCGGGCAGGUCAUCAGGGAAUAGUAAAGACCAAGCGACUAACUACUACGCGAGAAAGUUUGGUUCCCGUCGAUCGACAGAAUGGUUCAAGAGAGAAUAAAAAACUGUAUUCCGUGCCAAGCUGCAACACAAG